AUGCGGACUCCAGGAGCCGGUGCCCCGGACCCUAUCUCCCGGCGAGCCGGACCCUCGGACUCGCCCGAGAUUCCCUUCGGGGCCUCGCGUCCCCCGACUCACGGCCAGGGCCCGGGCGGCCAGCGGUGUCCAGCUCAUUGUGCGAGGUGCAGGGUAACUCUAGGGGCCAGAUUCCGAGGAGUGGGCGGGCUCAGAUGCAAGAACCCUGCUAGCAACGGGUGUGGCUGGAAAAGGGGUGCUCCAGGGGCCACUCCUCUGAGGCAUCAUCACCCCUCUGCCUCGCAGGCCCCCGGCCCCCAUGCCAGCACCUUCCUCCAUUACCGCACCAGCAAGGUGCGGAUGUUGAGGGCGGCGCACCUGGAGCGGCUGGUGCGGGAGCUGGUGUCUGUGGACCGUGAGCAGGACCCGGGCUUCGUCCCUGCCUUCCUGGCCACCCACCAGGCCUUCGUGCCCACCGCUCGGGUUUUGGGCCUUCUCCUGCCACCACCUCCGCCGCCCCUGCCGCCCUGGGUAGCGAUCAAGAAGACAGAGGGACAAGAUCUGAGCUUCAACAAGAACCUGAGGGCUGUGGUGUCUGUGCUGGGCUCCUGGCUGCGGGACCACCCUCAGGACUUCUGGGACCCCCCUGCCCACUCGGACCUGGGCAGAGUGCGAACCUUUCUGGGCUGGGCUGCCCCCCGGGGGGCUGAGGCCCUGGAAGCAGAGAAGCUGCUGAGAGACUUCCUGGAGGAGGCUGAGCAAGAGCAGGAAGAGGAGGAGCAGACCCAGGCUUUGGCAGGGCCUCCUGGGACUGCCCAGACCCCCAGCCCAGACUCCCCCGAAGGCUACUUGGAAGAGGAGGAAGGGCUGGCGCCAGAAGGCCCUGAGCUCCUGGACUUCAGUGUCGACCAAGUGGCUGAGCAGCUGACGCUGAUGGACGUGGAACUCUUCUCCCGCGUGCGGCCCUGCGAGUGCCUGGGCUCCGUGUGGUCCCAACGGGACCGGCCAGGGGCCGCCGGCAUCGCCCCUACUGUGCGCGCCACUGUGACCCAGUUCAACCUGGUGACCGGCUGCGUGCUGGGCUCUGUGCUCGGGGCGCCGGGCCUGGCUGCCCCGCAGAGGGCGCAGCGGCUGGAAAAGUGGAUCCGCAUUGCCCAGCGCUGCAGGGAACUGCGGAACUUCUCCUCCCUGCGCGCCAUCCUGUCCGCCCUGCAGUCCAACCCCAUAUAUCGGCUCAAGAGCAGCUGGGGCGCUGUGAGCAGGGAACCGUUAUCCACGUUCAGGAAACUUUCGCAGAUUUUCUCGGACGAGAACAACCAUCUCAGCAGCAGAGAGAUUCUUUCCCAGGAGGAGGCCACUGAGGGACCCCAAGAGGAGAAUACGCCCCCAGGGAGCCUGCCUUCAAAACUGCCCCCAGGCCCGGUUCCCUACCUUGGCACCUUUCUCACGGACCUGGUUAUGCUGGACACAGCCCUGCCGGACAUGCUAGAGGGGGAUCUCAUCAACUUUGAGAAGAGGAGGAAGGAGUGGGAGAUCCUGGCCCGAAUCCAGCAGUUGCAGAAGCGCUGUCGGAGCUACUGCCUGAGCCCCUGCCCACCCAUCCUGGCUGCCUUGCGAGCCCAGCGCCAGCUCAGUGAGGAGCAGAGCUACCGUGUCUCCCGUGUCAUUGAACCACCAGCUGCCUCCUGUCCCAGCUCCCCACGUGUGCGGCGACGAAUCAGCCUCACCAAGCGUCUCAGUGCGAAGCUGUCCAGAGAGAGAGGCUCCUCUCCUGGUGGGAGUCCUGGGGACCCCUCAUCCCCCACCUCCAGUCUGUCCCCAGGGUCUCCCCCAUCCAGUCCUAGGAUGAGGGACCCUCCUCCUGGAAGUCCCCCAGCCUCUCCAGGGCCCCAGGGCCCCAGCACCAAGCUGCCCCUGGCCUUGACCCUGAGCUGUCCUGGAAUCUCCCACGUGGGGCAGCAGGGCUCAGAGACCCGGGUCAUCCGAGUCAGCAUCGACAAUGACCAUGGGAACCUGUAUCGGAGCAUUCUGCUCACGAGUCAGGACAAGGCCCCCAGUGUGGUGCAGAGAGCCUUGCAGAAGCACAAUGUGGCCCAGUUCUGGGCCCGUGACUACCAGCUCUUCCAGGUCCUUCCUGGGGAAAAGGAGCUCCUGAUUCCUGACAACGCCAAUGUCUUCUAUGCCAUGAGUCCAGCCGCCCCGGGAGACUUCAUGCUGCGGCGGCGGAAGAAGGAGGAGGCCCAGCACACAACCUCAGUCUCCCCGACCUGAGCUGGCUCUCUCCUACCUCCAGGACACAGGUCCCAUGGGCAGCUUCUGUCACCAUGGGGGCAGGAAGGGCACCCUCUCCCAGAAAGCUCCCAUUCCCCAGUAGAGCCCAUUGUGCUCCAUACCCUGUGACCCCCUCCCCCCACCUUCACUGGGCCCCAUCCCACUGACCCUCUUGGCACUGGAUCCCUAUUCCAAAGUCUUCAGCUCACAGGGUGGCUGGUGGAGAGCUCUAUUGCAUACUGGGGGUCAGACCCUUCCCUAGAGAAAUCUUGUAACUGUUGGAGAUGCAUCACAAUGGACAGAAGUAGAUGAAAACAGUGACCAAAGAUAUGAAACA